AUGGCAGUACGUUGGGGGCGGGGAGGCGGCCGUGCGCGGUUGGGCUUGCGGCCCUCUGCUGCGCCGUCGCGCCUUGCCGUUAUCUCUCUUGUGCUGCUGCUGCUGUUUGCCCCCCACAGCGCAGCUUCCAAAUCCGCAGUUUCCAAGACCCGUGUGAAGGUGCUGCAGAUGAGGGCAUUGGAUCUUACCUCACCCAAGGCUAUGGUUACCGCUUUUUACUCCGGCGUAAAUGCCUCGCUGUGGGCACACAACCAUGCUGAUGAGGAGGGUGUUUAUGUUGAGGUUGUUAGAAGGGAGGCAAAAAUGACCGAAUUUUCUACUGUCCUGGAGGAAGUGAUGCAGAAGGAAAAAAGUAUUGUCGCUCUUCUGACUCAGUUCGGCGAUACGUACUUGAAGGCUGUGCUGCCGGUAUUGUCUCGCUUUGACCUUGUCUCUUUUGCCCCGUUCACUGGGUCGAGUGCGGUGCGUGGGUGGAACCCCAACGUGUACUUUGUGCGUGCUAAUCCCGUGGCGGAGCUUCUGGCACUUCUCCGCUACGCCGUGACUCAGCUGCGGGUGCUUCGGCUGGGCUUCAUGUACCUGCAGGGGGGCUUCUUUGGCGACAACGAGUAUGAGCAGGCACAGCGUGUGAUGUCGGAGAUGGGCUACACGUUUUGCGGCGUGUUCAGUGUGACGCUUCUCUUGAGUGGCGAUACCAACCCGAAUGAGUUUGGUGCUGCGUGGGAGCGGUUUGCUGCGACUCGGCCGCAGGCUGUGAUUGUGUUUGGCUCGCCGAUACCAGACACCGCGAAGUUCGUCAGGAAUAUGCUGACGGACGAUCGCACCGCUGGCGCGUACCUGCUGGCUCCCUCGGCGGUGCAGAGCAUUGUCGUGGAGGCUUGGCGUGCUGCCGUUGCUGAUGGUGUGAAGUUUGUGCCCGGGCAGGUGGUCACGACGGGGACGAACCCGCUGGCAAAGGACAUGCAGUACCUUGCCAUUUGGCGCUUCCAGAGGGUGAUGCAGGACUACCUGGCAAACAGUGGGCAAAAAGACUAUAACGAUACGGACCAUUUCCUCAAGCAUGAUACUGAAGGCGAGUUGAUGGUUGAUGGGUGGAUUACUGGCGAGUUGCUCGUGCAGGCGCUGAGUAACCGUAAAUGGGUGAGUGACCGCAAGUCGUUUAUGGCGUCCCUCCUCAACCAGCGCCGGUAUGUGGUGGACGACCUUGUGUUUGGGGACUACGGUGGGGAGUGCAAAGGUGCGGCGGCAUCACAAGGAGCCAUCUGCAACUGCAACGAGGGGGGCCACACGGUGUACAUGAAGCAGUUUGUGAAGGACUACCGAGCAGAGGCAGUUAAGGAGGGGUUUAUGACGUUUCAGUUGUCAGAUUGUCAACAUCAAGAGGAACAUCUGCCGCCGGUACUUAGUGCGGUGGAGUUUGUAAUGACUGAUAGCGCUGUUGCACAAACUGCACUUGCCGAGUUGGAGGCCGGCUAUUUGUUGGAGUAUACGAACCGAAAAACAUCUUGGAGAGAGGGUGUGGUCAACCUUUCUCCUGUCAUCUCCACCCUUGGCAAUGCCCGUAACGCCCUGCUGUCGGAGAUGCAAUCACGGCGUGUUCACGGAGUUGCGGGUGUUGUGACGGAGGCGGUGCUGGAUGUGGAGACUGUGGCCUUCUUCGACCCGCUGCAGCUUGAGCCGCGGCUGAACAGGUUCCGCAGGCACGUGAUCCACCUGUCGCCGACGCUGGAGCAGCAGUUCUUCGUGCUUGCGAAGUACCUCGGGAACACGAGUGUCCGUUCGGCGCACGCGGUGAUCCGCGGCGAGGAGGCAGCUGCGGUGGCGGAUGUGCUGCGGCGGUCGCUGGUGACGUUUGGCGGGUCGCUGCGGUCCCCGACGCUGCUGGCCGGUGGCGCCGCGUUGGCGGGUCACCUGCCGGCAAAGGGCGUCGUGUUCGUGGCGGGCCUUGCGUCUGGCGACGUCGCUGCGAUCGCGAAGCACGUGGCGUCGCACAGCGGUGUGCGUGUGUUCGUUGCGUUCUCCGAGUUUGCGCUGCUGUACGCCGAAUUCGUCGCUGCGUUCGCCGGCGGUACGGGUGCCGACCGCGUUGUGUUCGCGAUGAGCCUGCCACACUGGAACGACACGAACUCGACGUCGGAGACUACCCAGAAGUUCAUCAGCAUUCUGACCAAUGCCACGCAAAGGACGCCGCUGUCGCUGGCGGGCUUUGCUGCCGUGCGGCUGUUGCAGACUGUUCUCUCGCGUAUGCACAAGGUGACUGCUGGGCUGAUGGUAGACUUCUUCUACAGGAACACCGCUGUCACUGUGAACGACAUGCUGUACGGAUCCUUCGCUAACGGCACGGCGUGUGACGCAGAUGACGGUGUUGGGUGCGGUAAGAACUACGGGGCGACGCUUAUUUCUGUGUGGUCGCUUGCCCGUGCGCUGGACCCCGCCGUGCCCGUGCUGUUCCCCGCCGUGACCCCGUUGAUACGGUACACGGAGCCCGCUGCACAUGGGCUGAAAUUGCAGCAGCUGAUCGGCAUCAUCGUCGGCGUGGCGAUUCUGGUCACCAUCAUUGUGGUUGUUGUGGCUGUGGUGGUGCACUUACGCCGCGACUCGCGUAACAACGCGAAUGCGCCGAAGGAGCCGACAGACCCCGUGACGCUCGUGUUCACCGAC